UUUUGGCUCAGAGGAUGCGUGGUAUUGGCGUCUGCCAGCCGGGGAGCGAGCAGCGAGCCCUGUGAGACUUGCAAGGCGCGACAUCUCCAGAUCACGCUCCGUCCUCCCAUGGCCGCCGUGGCACAGCGAGGUGAAGAUGUGACGUUCACCGUCCGCAACACCUUCAUCAACGUGGAUGACGAGGACCACGAGGACCUCUUCCGCACGUCCUCAGAUCCCCUCGGCCAGAGCCGGAUGACACACGCCAUCCGCAUGCUUGAAUGCCAGCGGCUUGCGUCGACUAAAGAGGAGGCGCUGUCUUCGCAGGAGGAGUCGGUCCUUUGCCGAAGCACCACGUGGGACCCGCUGGAGCCGGACGAAAGGGGUCAGUUCACUACGGACUCCCAGGAGGAGGGAUCGUGCAGCACCACCGCUACAGAGGAAGCGAACGGUUCACCCUCAACUGCUUCGCAUAUGAAGGUGCUUUCGAGCCCGGAAUUUUGGAGCGCGGCUCCGAUCAGCACAGUUGCGACGGCCCUGCCUAUGGCUGCGGUUGCAGCGACUCCCAUGCCAAUGAUCAUUCCAUAUACCAUCCCAGCACAGGCCGUACCUGCCGUAUUCACAGGCCCCGGCAACAUGAUGGGCGUAAUGAUGGGCAACAUGCAGGGCAACAUGCAGGGCAACAUGCAGGGCAUGCAGUGUGGCUCAAUUCCGGGGGACUUGCCGCUGACCUUGACACAGCCGUCUUGUCAAGGGACGCGCCCAGCUUAUGGUGACUUCGAUCACUCCGAGGAGAGCAUCAAGGAGCGCCGCAAGGGUACGGGCAAAGGAAAAGGCAAGGGCAAAGGGACUGGCCGCAGCUACAUGCUGGCUGCAGAUGGCACUGUGGUGGAGGUGGACGGAAGAGACGAUUCUCAGCAGGCGCCUGUUCUUGAGUCCUACCGGCCAGUUGUGACCGCCAAGGGCCCCACAUUCGGCUUGCAGCAUCGCUUCCACCCAGAGACAGCCAAGAUGGGUGUCGUGGCCUCGGAUUCCCGGACCUUCACCAAGCAGCAGUUCAUGGGCCGAUUGUCGGUCAUCACAGAGGAUAAGGUGCACAGCGAAGGCGUUAUCAGGUAUGUGGUUCAGUUUUGCAGCGGCGAGUUGAGCAGUGCGGAUGGGGUUGGCUUCAUCUUUUCCAACAAGUUGCCCUGCCCGAAGAACAUCCAGAAGAUCGUGUCCAUCUUUGCGAACAAGACUGGCCGCAUUUGUGUCCGAGCACAUGCUGAGGUGGUCAGAUCGGAGAUCAGCGUGAAGCCGUUGGAGCUGGGCGACUGGAUCGAGCUUGCCAUCGACUUGCAGGCUCGGCAGGCCACCUUCACAGUGUGGCCCACGGAUGGCUCCUCGCCAUCCUGCGCCAACCUGAACUUUGGCAGUACUCUUCAAAGCCUGAGGAACAUGGUGCCCGUGCCCGAGGCGGUGUCUGGGUAUCUCGCGGUGGUGGUGAAGCAUACGGACGUUACUGUCUCUUUGGCGUCCUGAGUCAAGGAGGUGCUGAACAUGCGACGCAGAAGCUUGUCAAAAUGGUCACGCUUUUCUUCAGCGCGCUGCAAGUCGACAUCGCAUGGAAUGAAC